AUGGUUGGUGCCUUACAUUACUUGGGUUUUACCCGUCUAGAUAUUGCUUUUACGGUGCACUGUGUUAGCAAAUUUAUGCAUCAACCUAAGGACAAUCAUUGGCAAUCCGUCAAACGAAUUCUUCGGUAUCUAAAGUUCACAGUUGGCUAUGCACUUCAUUUCCAUAAUAACUCAUAUCACUCUCUUCAAGGAUUCAGUGAUGAAGAUUGGGCUGCGGACAAAUUGGAGCCUACUGUAUUACUUAAAGAAAAAGAUAUCGAACCAGCCAAUACUGCUGUGAGCCAGAUCGUGCCGGCUAAUGUAUAUCUCCACAAACCCGAGUUUCUUUCAGAGAUAUUCAAGGAUUAUGGACAAACAGAUCAUUGGUACUUUUUCAUUCCAAGAGAUCGAAGGUAUCGAAAUGGAAGUUGUCCAAGUCGAUCAGCCAAUGGUGGAUAUUGGAAGGCCACAGGAGCUGACAAGUCAAUCAUCAACUCCUACGGAAAACUAAUCGGGUUUAAGAAAUCAUUGGUUUUCUACAGAGGAAAACCUCCAAAUGGUGUCAAAACAAACUAG